CACAUAGUACUGCCAUCUCAGCAAUGGGAAUAUUCAACGGAUAUACAUCUGGCAACAUCAUCGACAAGAUUAUUACUGGAUCGUACAUCCUCGUACGCCACCUACCGAAGCAGAUAGGAACUCCAACGAGGACUUUCAUCACAAGUUCAGUGAAAAGCUGAAUGAUGUAGUGCUUGUUUGGUCCAGACUCCAGACAUUCCUGACAGCAAGGAUCAUGAUGCAGCCAUUUUUUUUGUAAUUAGUACGAAGUAUUGUUAAUAACAUAAAUUUAUAGUACUCGUAGUCGUAGCAACAUGGACGAAUUCUACAAGUAAACUGCCGGCUGCAACUUCUCUAGCGUGACCACUACCACACCUGAUCACUCAAAAGUCAGAAAGCAAACAAGUCUUCUCUUUUUGUCUCUGUCCUAACUCCUAUCCCAUAUCCUGGACAGCUUGUCUUCUGGGCGCGCGCGUCAGUUCCUUGCUUCGAUUGCAUGGCGGGAGCCCACUCCGUCGUCUUCCUCGCCACCGGCCUCGCCAUGGUGUUCGUCGUCCACGUCCUCGUGCUCUUCUGGGCGCUCAACUGGUGCUGCCGGGCCCAGCCCUCGUCCCGCGUCGGGGAGCGCGCUGAGGAAGAAGGCGGCGGCGGCCUUUCCGCCGAGCAGGUCGGCGAGCUGCCGUGCCACGAGUGCAAGGAGGGGGCGCCCGUCGGCGGCGAGUGCGCGGUGUGCCUGGAGGCGUUCCGCGCCGGCGACCGGCGCAGGGUGCUGCCGGGCUGCGAGCACGGGUUUCACGCCGAGUGCGUGGACUCGUGGCUGCGCAAGAGCCGCCGGUGCCCCAUCUGCCGCGCCGUGGUGGUGGCCGCGCGUGGCAAGAACGCCGGCGAGGUGGAGGCGGCCACCGCCCUGGAGAUCGUUACCCAAAGAUAGCUAGGCUGCCUUUUCCACGUCACGGGUAUCAUGGCAAGAAACGCCGUAAUGUUUGAUUGUUUGGUGUUGCCUUAGGCCAUUCUCAAUACCAGUUUUAUGAACAAUAAAUGAGGUGUUACGUAGGCAAUUGUGAUGACAUGGCACCCUAUUUAUGAUGUAAGAGAAGAAAUUAGUUUCAUGGGGAUGAAACCAUGUGUACACGAUUUUCAAAAUGCUUGUAUCUUGCAUGUAACCUUGGAAACAACAAAAUAUGAAACAAUGCAUUGU